AUGCCGGCUUCCAAAAAUCUUCUGUGGUAUCGUCUCUGCGUCGGGGGUGCACCUCCUGUACUGUGUGUUCUUAAUGCGCGCUGCCCGGUGGGCCUGCGGCGUGGCCGCCUGUGGGAUGAGCUGUGGACAGAGCUGGCGUGGAUGGAGACCGUACCCGAUCUUGACAGGCCUCUGUCCCUGCUGGAGUUGUGUUGAGAAUGGGUGAGUCCGAAUAAACCCUGUACAAUUCGGAAUGCCGUCAGUCACUGGCAGGGGCUGACCUUAGCGUACCUCAGGGAAGUAGUAGGUGCCAAUGUAGUGAGUGUGACAGUAGCACCACAUGGUUAUGCAGAUGCAGUGCUUCAGGACCAUUUUAUCAUGCCAGAGGAGUGCCAGCUGCCUUUCAUUGACUUUUUGGACAUUGUGGAGAAGAAAGUGACCUCUCCCAACAUAUUCUAUGUGCAGAAGCAGUGUUCAAGCCUCACCAAGGAGUUCCCUGAACUUGUCUGGGAUGUGCGGUCUGACAUACCAUGGAUGAGUGAGGCACUAGGGAGGAAGCCUGAUAACAUGAAUUUCUUGCUUGGGGAAUCAGCUGCUGGGACACCUUUACAUACAGGUGAUUUUGAGAACUUGUACUGUGUGAUGUCUGGAAAGAAACAUUUUCUACUGCAUCCACCGACUGACCAUCCCUUCAUCCUAUAUGAGCUCUACUGGCCGGCAACCUACCAGGUAUCAGAAGAUGGCUCAUUUGAAAUUGUGGACAAGGAGUGUGAAGGUAAGGUAGAAAGUAUUCCCCUAGACCCAUUGAACCCGAAUCCGGAACAGUAUCCAGAGUAUGCUGAGGCAAAAUCUGUGCAGCGUACAGUGAAAGCUGGUGAGAAGAUAUACCUCCCUUCUCUCUGGUUCCAUCAUGUUCAGCAAUCACAUGGCUGUAUAGCAGUGAAUUAUUGGUAUGAAGUGGAAUAUGACCUUAAGUACAGCUAUAAUGAACUACUAGAUUGUCUCACAGAAACUGUGAAAGCACAGGUGGGAGAUUCAAGCUUGUGA